AUGGCUCACAACAGACUCUUCAGCGCAGUUUUGUCUUUAUUUUUCGGUAUCCUGCUCAUAAACGUGGGGAUUUUCCGAGUGAACGGGCAGUACGGCGGCGGGGAGCGAGGAAUGUCUAUACCGGAGCAUGGAUUCUGCCAGCCCAUUUCCAUUCCACUGUGCACGGACAUCGCGUACAACGAGACCAUCAUGCCGAACCUUCUGGGCCACACUAACCAGGAGGACGCGGGGCUGGAGGUGCACCAGUUUUACCCGCUGGUGAAAGUGCAGUGCUCCCCGGAUUUAAAGUUCUUCCUCUGCUCCAUGUAUGCGCCUGUGUGCACCGUGCUUGAGCAAGCGCUGCCUCCGUGUCGUUCUCUGUGCGAGCGCGCGCGUCAAGGCUGCGAGGCUCUCAUGAACAAGUUCGGUUUCCAGUGGCCCGACAGCCUCGCGUGUGAGACUUUCCCCGUGCACGGUGCAGGAGAGCUGUGCGUGGGGCAGAACAUGUCGGACCGCACAGAGCCAGACGGCUCUAUAGCGGACCCCACUGAGCGCACAGUGCCGGAUCCCAUGAGCGGACAGUUUAGGUGCCCGGCCUCACUCAGGGUGCCCCCCUACCUGAACUACCGCUUCCUGGGGCAGGAGAACUGCGGAGCUCCGUGUGAGCCAAAGAGAUCUCACGGGAUGAUGUACUUCAGUGAGGAGGAGCUCAGAUUUGCCCGGAUAUGGAUCGGGAUCUGGUCUGUGCUGUGCUGUGCCUCCACUUUAUUCACAGUGCUGACCUACCUGGUGGACAUGAAGCGCUUUAGCUACCCAGAGCGGCCCAUCGUCUUUCUCUCUGGCUGCUACACCAUGGUGUCCAUUGCCUACAUCACAGGUUUUUUACUGGAGGACAAGGUGGUGUGCAAUGACAGUUUUGACAAUGAGAUCAGGACUGUUGUACAGGGCACCAAGAAGGAGGGCUGCACCAUCCUCUUCAUGAUGCUCUAUUUCUUCAGCAUGGCCAGCUCUAUCUGGUGGGUUAUUCUGGCCCUCACCUGGUUUCUGGCUGCAGGAAUGAAAUGGGGCCAUGAAGCUAUCGAGGCUAACUCUCAGUACUUCCACCUAGCAGCCUGGGCUGUGCCUGCCAUAAAGACCAUCACUAUCCUAGCUGUGGGUCAGGUGGACGGAGAUGUGCUAAGCGGGGUUUGCUUUGUUGGCAUCAACAGUGUGGAUGCUCUUCGAGGCUUCGUUCUGGCGCCACUUUUUGUUUACCUCUUCAUUGGGACAUCCUUCCUUUUGGCAGGCUUUGUGUCCUUGUUUCGCAUCCGGACCAUCAUGAAGCACGACGGCACAAAGACGGAAAAGCUGGAGAAGCUGAUGGUGCGGAUAGGCAUCUUCAGCGUCCUGUACACUGUGCCAGCCACCAUUGUCAUUGCGUGCUUCUUCUACGAGCAGGCCUUCAGAGAGCAGUGGGAGAGGACGUGGAUCAGCCAGACCUGCAAAACAUACGCAGUGCCGUGCCCCAUCCAGAACCAUCCCAACAUGAGCCCUGACUUCACCGUCUUCAUGAUAAAGUAUCUCAUGACGCUCAUUGUGGGCAUCACCUCUGGCUUCUGGAUCUGGUCUGGUAAGACCCUCAAUUCCUGGAGGAGGUUUUAUACAAGACUGGCUAACAGCAAACAGGGUGAGACCACUGUGUAA